CGACCCGAUUUGCUCGGACCCGACACGACCCGACUUGACUCUGGACGAUUCGAUGCCGGCCGACUCGACUCGACUCUACACGACUCGACCCGAGUCAGGCGUCGCCACAUCAACCUCCGGGACUCAUCUAGUCAUUUUGUAGAAGCACUCAGUCGCGGACGCGGACGUACAAGCUCGCUCGGUCAACCUAUCCAACCAACCAGUCUGAGACCGGUGGUGACGAACAUAAUAGGAUGAAGGAUAUCCGGUCACAGUUUGAAAAAAAUGGCUUUGUUGUCCUGGAAGACUUCUUUCAACCAGAAGAAAUUGACGAACUCAAAUUUUGCGGCGAAGAAUUCACUAAUAAUUUACCUCCCGAAAGUGAAAGAAAAAUUUUUAAUACAAUAGAAUCACAGCAGAGCAAAGAUAAAUAUUUUCUGGAUAGCGCUAACAAGAUUAGUGUAUUUUUCGAAUCCGAAGCCCUAGACAAUGAUGGGAAGUUAAAAGUUCAUCCUCGAAUAUCCUUAAACAAGAUAGGUCAUGCCCUUCAUUGGCUUCAUCCCACGUUCAAGAAGUAUACUUUCGACGAAAGAGUUAAAGAAACAGUUUUUCAAUUGGAUUAUGAAGAACCGGCUGUUUGUCAAUCAAUGUACAUUUACAAAAAUCCACAUAUCGGAUCAGAAGUGAUCAUGCAUCAAGAUGCAACAUAUUUAUAUACUGAUCCUGUAAAACUAGUUGGUUUUUGGAUUGCUUUAGAAGACGCUACUCAAGAAAAUGGAUGUCUGUGGAUCGCACCAGGUUCUCAUCGAAGCGGUGUUCAUCGACGUUACGUAAGGAAUAAGAAUCCAGAUUCCAAAGAAUUAUUGGUCUACGACAAAGCUGCACCAUGUUAUCAACUUAGUAAUUUUCGGCCAGUACCAGUUAGCAAAGGAACCUGCAUUCUCAUUCAUGGACAAGUAGUACAUUUCUCGUAUCCAAAUAAAAAUAACAAAUCAAGGCAUGCUUACACAUUUCAUGUAAUUGAGACGCAUCAUACCUCCUAUUCGAAAGAAAACUGGUUACAGCCACCUUCAGAGGGAUUUCCAAAGUUAUACAGAAAUUAAAUUUACAAAGAUAACGCCCAAUUAUCAGAAUAUUGACAAAUUGUUCCAUUGAAGAUUAAAUUGCUUUAUUGGA